CCCCAGGCGCUCCACGGAUCGGCUCCGUGCCCCAGCAUGCAUGGAGAGCUUCCGUCCGGCACGCUUACUUCAAUACCCGUGCCAGGAGACCCAUCGUAUCGUCGCGAAUCUCAAAUCUCACCGUGCGUGACAUCCCACCCCACAUUUGCAAACAUCGUGUUCUAGUGCCCAGCGAGUCCGAUCCACCUCCUGUCCCUUUUUUGUGCCGCGUUCGAUGCUUCGAUUCCCAGCCCACCGAGCUUUCCCAAGAUUCCCCGCAAAACUUGUCUCCAAGGCACAAAGAAAAGCAAAGCUCCACCGGAGCUUGGAGCCUCCUCUUUGCCUGAGAGACAGACACAGGGAGAGACCAUGGCGAUGCAGUACAAGAAUUUGGGGCGAUCGGGGCUGAAGGUGAGCCAGUUAUCGUACGGAACAUGGGUGAGCUUCGGGAACCAGCUGGACGUGAAGGAAGCCAAGGCCCUCCUCCAGUGCUGCCGCGACCGCGGCGUCAACUUCUUCGACAACGCCGAGGUCUACGCCAACGGCCGCGCCGAGGAGAUCAUGGGCCAGGCCUUCCGCGAGCUCGGGUGGCGCCGCUCCGACCUGGUGGUCUCCACCAAGAUCUUCUGGGGCGGCCCCGGCCCCAACGACAAGGGCCUCUCCAGGAAGCACAUCGUGGAGGGCACGCGGGCGUCGCUGCGCCGUCUCGACAUGGAGUACGUGGACGUGAUCUACUGCCACCGCCCCGACGCGGCCACGCCCAUCGAGGAGACCGUGCGGGCGAUGAACCACAUCAUCGACAAGGGCUGGGCCUUCUACUGGGGGACCAGCGAGUGGUCCGCGCAGCAGAUCACCGAGGCCUGGGGCGUCGCCAACCGCCUCGACCUCGUCGGACCCAUCGUCGAGCAGCCCGAGUACAAUCUUCUCUCCCGUCACAAGGUUGAGGUCGAAUACCUGCCUCUUUACGGCACCUAUGGCCUGGGUCUUACCACAUGGAGCCCGCUAGCUUCUGGGGUUCUUACUGGCAAAUACAGCAAAGGGAACAUACCACCCGAUAGUCGAUUUGCCUUAGAAAACUACAAGAAUCUGGCGAGCAGAUCAUUGGUAGAUGAUGUGCUUAGAAAGGUUAAUGGACUGAAACCAAUUGCAGAUGAGCUAGGUGUACCUUUAUCUCAACUUGCAAUUGCUUGGUGUGCAUCAAAUCCAAAUGUUUCAUCAGUAAUUACCGGUGCCACUAAGGAGAGUCAGAUAAAAGAGAACAUGAAAGCUCUUGAUGUCAUUCCACUUUUGACACCUGAUGUGAUUGAGAAGAUUGAGGCAGUUGUUCAAACCAAGCCCAAGCGUCCAGAAUCAUACAGGUAAAUCCACAAUGAGAUCUAGUAGAGUCUGUUUUACUUUUGCUUCGUUUGAGAAUGUAUGAAGCCCAGGAAUGUUUAUCCUGUUGUGAAUGGUCUUGUUGAGCUUAUCAAAAACAUUGGGUUUGCAUCAUGGAUGUGACAUUUUUAUAGUAGUUGAAGCCUUUGAUGGAGAUUUCUGAAUUUUCAUGUUUUGCUGCUGCACAUUGUAUUAUUGUGCUAUCUUGUAUUCUUUGUGGCUUGUGAUUAUUCCAAGAUAAGUUGAUAAAAGUUGG